ACGCACAUGGCUUUAUAAGCCAUUUAUGCCGCGCUCUCUGCCAGUUGCCAUUUGAACUUGAAGAGAGAUAUCUUCUAAAAUGUUGUUAGUGUUACUAGGCGUUGUUGGUGUAAUACUUGCAUUAAUAUACCUAAAGGGAAUAUAUAAUCAGCAUUAUUGGAAGAAACGUGGUGUAGCCUUCUAUGACAAGCACAAGACAGGAGGACCUCUAUGGCAGUUCGCAAUCGAAGAUCGGUCAUUCUUCCAAAUCUUGAACGAUAUCUAUUGGAACUAUGAAAAAGAACCAGCUGUCGGUCUGGGCUCAUUCCAUGACCUGGGACUAUUCGUGAAGGAUCCGACCAACAUACAACACAUCGCACAAGUUGAUUUUCAUUCAUUCAAUCAUAGAGCUAUUGCAUUUACCGAGGAUGAUGUCUUGGCACACAAUGUGCUAAUGCUCAACGGUCAGAAAUGGAAGCUAGUCAGGCAGAAAGUGACACCAAUUUUUACAACUGCCAAACUUAAAAACAUGUUUUACAUCAUCGACAAAAGUGCUCAGGAUUUUAUAGAGUAUUUAAGAGAUAAUCCAGAAAAGUUGAAAGAAGAUCUGUUUGAUACUUUGGGUAAUUACUGCAAUGCUGCCAUUGCUGCUGCUGUAUUUGGAAUCCAUACACGCUCAACUUUCGAUUCUCCAUUCCGUAUGAUGGCUAAAGAGGUUCUGACUCCUACUUUUUUCACAAAUUUGAAGUUUGCGAUAAGUGGAGUAAGUGAAUCACUCUUCAAAUUUUUAAAACUCAAGUUAUUCAAAACAGAAAAAGAGAAAUUUUUCAUCGCAGCGAUCAAACAAGUGAUUAGGCAACGAGAAAAAGAAAACGUGAAGAGACACGACUUUAUAGAUAUAUGUGUAGAGCUCCAGAAGAAUGGGACAAUGGUGGACCCAGAUACUGGGUAUGCGCUGGAGCCGACAGAUGAGCUGAUGGCUGCUCAGGCUUACUUUUUCUUCUUGGCAGGUACUGACCCUACAAUCGCUGGAAUAUUCGGUACUUUAAUGGAAUUGGGAAGAAAUCCCGAUAUCUUGAAGAAGGCACACGAGGAUGUGGAUAGAGUAUUCGAGAAAUAUAAUGGUCAACUGACGUACGAUGCAGUUGGAGAAGUGAAUUAUUUGAAAAAUGUAUUGAGUGAGGUCUUUAGAGUGCAUCCUCCGAUAGCUUUUGUAAUGCGACAGUGCGUGCAGGAUAGUGUUCUGCCUGUAGGCAAUAUUCCUGUUGAGAAAGGUAUAAAGAUAUUUAUGCCUAUAUUUGACUUGCAUCAUGACCCUAAUUAUUUUCCGGAGCCUGAGAAAUUUGAUCCUGACCGCUUCGUGAGGGAAGGAGAGAUAAAUGAUGCGACUUAUAUACCGUUUGGUAAGGGUGGUCGAUAUUGUAUUGGAGCGAGAUAUGCUAAUAUUCAGAUCAUGACUGGGUUGAUCCAUAUUCUAAGGCAUUAUACAGUACGUACAUUUGUGAGAAAAGGAGGCGUUAAGUACAAUAAGGAGCAAUUUCAAGUGCGUUUGAGAAAUUGUGAUGUUGAGUUGGUGCCUAGAAAAUUGUGAUUGGUGCAAGCGAGUGUAAUUGCUAUUGUGUUUCGAGCAGAGGUUACUUUUACCUGUACGCGUAGAAGUAUAGUAGUUAGUUCGUAAUUUAGUUUCGACAGUACUGUUUUUAUAUAUUAAUUUAUUAUAGUAUCUACAGUUAUCCGUAGAUAAUUUUGUGAAUUCUUAGAAUAUUUUUUUAAUAUAUAGAGAAAAUUUCUACAAAUAAAUUAAAGUUUACAUGUGUAUUUAUUUAUGCAUGCUUAGCAUAACAUCUUGCUUAUUAAUUUCUGAGAAAUUGGACGAAGUAGGUAUGUACCUCUAUAUUAAGUCCAUAUUCUUUUAACUCUAUCCUACUUAUGAGAAUUUUGAAAUCGAAAUUUUCAGUAAUGCUUUUUCAAAUCCAAAGGUUAAGAGCAGUCUACGAAAUAUUAAAAUAAAGAACAAUUUUUAAUAUCUAAUUAAAUAUCAUAUCCACUUUUCACCAGUUAUAUUACUAGCUUCAUGUAAUGUGUACAAUGGGCUAUAAUAUUGUAUAAGAUUAUGCAGUACAGUGACUGCCUCAUUGGCCGAGUGGUCGCAAGUGCGACUGCGGG